AAGCAUUCGACAAACGCAGUCUUUUUUUUCCCGGCUCAGGCACACAGAAGCGACUACCGAAACACAAACAUGGCGGAUGUUGGGGAGGAAUCCAGCCACGUGGCUGAGCCGCUCGAUCUUGUGCGGCUGCUGCUCAACGAAGUGGUUUUCGUCAAGCUGCGUGGUGACCGAGAGCUCAAGGGCAAGCUCCAUGCCUACGACAGCCACUGCAACCUUGUGCUGGGCGAUGUGGAGGAGACAAUCUACGCCGUUGACGACGACGAGGAAGAGGGCGACGAGGUCAAGACAAUUAGCAGGAAAUCAGAAAUGUUGUUUGUGAGAGGCGAUAGCGUCGUUUUGAUCUCUCCCCAGGUUCCUUUCUAGAAAUAGACAGCAGCAAUUACAACAAUGAUACCAAUGAG